CAAAGUUUCUGACUGUAGAGACGAAGGCUCAAGCCAAACAGUACACUAAGUGAGACAGCAAUGUCUUUAGUGGAGAGGUUUAGAGAUGUCGCCAACGAGCAGCUAACUGCUGCAGCUGAGGAAAAAUGUGACGAUGCUACAAGAGCUGCCGUCGAGGACGAGGCAGAGAUCAACGUUCAGCGCAGAGAGCUGGAUACUGUUUGGAACCCUUACAUCGUUUUACACUCAAUAGACAUCCAACAGCAACAUGUGUGUAAGGAGGAGAAGGAUGGGCAGCAGCUCUGUCAGCAGGAGAGGAAGUCCAGUCUGGACCAGGAGGAGCCAGAGCUUCAACAGAUGAAAGAGGAGCAGGAGCCUCCACAGAUGAAAGAGGAGCAGGAGGAAGAGCAGAUCAAACAGGAGGAGACUGACAUGUUGAUUAUGACUCCUAAGGAGGAGGAAAGUGAGCAAAGAGAAGUAGAUGGACAACAUGAACACCAGCUUCUUUCUCACAACUCUCAUGUUGCUGAGAAUCAAGAUCCCAAAGAGAGCAAGCAGAAAGACUCAGAGAUAACUGUAAAAUCAAAACCAAGACAAGAGCGAGGCAAAAAACACACAGAUGAGAAGCUGUAUUCAUGUGAAGAAUGUGGAAAAGGGUUUACAUAUAACUGUGAAUUGAAACGACACAUGAGAACACACACGGGUGAGAAGCCUUUCUCCUGCAGCACCUGUGGAAAAAGAUUCACUCAGCUAAAAAGUCUGAAUUAUCACAUUCAGACUCACACAGGUACAAAGCCUUACACCUGUGAUACCUGUGAGAAAUCAUUCACACAGAAAGGUCAUUUGAAAAUUCACUUAAAAAUCCAUACAGGUGAAAAACCACAUUCCUGCACCAUGUGCAACAAAUCUUUCAGAGAAAAAUCUGAUUUGAGAUCCCACAUGAAAACACACACAGGUGAGAAGCCUUACUCCUGCAACACCUGUGGAAAAAGAUUCAGUCAUAAAUCAACUUUGACUUUUCACAUUCUUACUCACACAGGUGAGAAGCCUUACACCUGUGAUACCUGUGAGAAAUCAUUCACAAGAAAAUAUGAUUUAAACCAGCACCUUCACACUCACACGGGUAUAAAAUCGUACACCUGUGAUAUCUGUGAGAAAUCGUUCACAGAUAAAUAUGCUUUGAAACAUCACUUAAUAAUCCAUACAGGUGAAAAACCACAUACCUGCACAAUGUGCAACAAAUCUUUUAGACAGAAACCUCAUUUGACACGCCACAUGAGAUCACACACAGGUGAGAAGCCUUACUCCUGCAGCAUCUGUGGAAAAAGAUUCACUCAGCAACCGAGUCUGAAUUAUCACAUUCAGACUCACACAGGUACAAAGCCAUACACCUGUGAUACCUGUGGAAAAUCAUUUACACAGAAAACUAAUUUGGACCGUCACUUAAAAAUCCAUACAGGUGAAAAACCACAUACCUGCACAAUUUGCAACAAAUCUUUUAGACUUAAAAAAGAAUUGACACUCCACAUGAAAAAACACACAGGUGAGAUGUCUUACUCCUGCAGCACCUGUGGAAAAAGAUUCUAUCAGAAAUCAGUUUUGAAUCAGCACAUUCUAACUCACACAGGUGCAAAGCCAUACACCUGUGAUACCUGUGGAAUAUCAUUCACAGUUAAAAGGACUUUGGACCUUCACUUAAAAAUCCAUACAGGUGAAAAACCACAUACCUGUACAACUUGCAACAAAUCUUUUAGACUUAAACAGAAUUUGACAGUCCACAUGAGAAUACACACAGGUGAGAAGCCUUACUCCUGCAGCACCUGUGGGAACAGGUUCAGUCAACUGUCAGUUAUGAAAAAACACAUUCUUACACACACGGGUAUAAAGCCGUACACCUGUGGUACCUGUGGAAGAUCAUUUACCAUGAAACAUUUUCUGGACAGGCACAUAAGGGUCCAUGCAAAUAAUGCUUAGACUUCCUAAACAUGUGGCAGAACCUGACACUUGGGAUAAAAUACAGUUCUCAGGAGAGAUCACUGAAGAUAUCUGAUUGGAUGGCUGGAAUAAGAGCCAUCUCACCGACUAUAUGUGUCUUGCCAAAGUUGUAAAAACUUUAGACCUUUUGAACUUUGGAUCCUAAAUCAGAGAAACCCUGGACAAUAGCUUCCUAUCUGGACAAACAACAAAACCUGAUGGUGAUCAUAAAUAUCUCUUGCUCUUUCUGUGUGGGCUGGAAGUCCCAUAACUACUGUAAACAUCAUGUUUUUUUUAACAGGAAAUGUUUAUCUGAGAUUGCACACAUGAAACCCAAUGUUAUAUUCCAUAUUUCUUUAUCAUUUAAGAUGGCUGAGAAAUUCAUUUUUGAUUUUAAUCCAGAUGUCUUCCAUGGACCAACAGUUCCAUCUAUUGUCCAGUAUCGGUCACACAUGUCUCCACGUAACAUAUCCCCUUUGUGUCCUAAUCGGCUACUUAGUUUAAAUGUUUAAAUGGCCAGCUAUGUGCAUGUUCAUUUUUAUCUUUGUGGAGGUUUAAUUGAUGUCAUAUUGUAGAAUUUCAUAACCAUUUGUUAUUCCUACAUGCUCUUAUUGAAUUACUAUUUGAUGAAGAGUGGUUCACAAGAUGACAUUUGAUCUCCAAGACAAGGGAAAACUCAGAUGGACUUGGUCCUCCCUUUUUUUGCUUUAAGACCUUGGGUAUCAGAACCCAAGCGGGCAGAAUUGAAACGAAGAUAAGAAUCCUUGGAAAGGACCCAUCUUGCUGUGUUUGUCAGAAAGUCUUCUGAGAGACCCACCUUCGUGCUGUUGCAGAACCCACCAGCUCCAGGAAUCAAGGGUCCGAUCCAGCUGGUACCAACGGUAGCUGGUAUGAGAUUGAUUCAUAAUUGAAUUAAAAUUGUAAUUAAUUAAUAAUUAUAUUUUUUAAUUACAAUUUAUUAAAUAACAAAUCCGCAUAAGCAGUGGUGCCCUGUUACCAUCGAUACUAUUCCAGGUUUAUUGAUAAUAUUUAUUCAUUAUCACUGUAUAUCGCUACAGUCUUCAUGCAGCUUCAUAUACAGCUCAUUCUCUGCAGUUUAACAACAAUAAUAACCUUUACAGUUCUUCAUUUCAAUAAUAUGACAAUAACGUGAUGCUCAAGGAGGUUCAGUUUUCUUUGAAGCACAUAGUUAAGAAUGUGUAUUUUAUUUACAUGUUGAAAAUUGUUUACCACUCAAUGCUUGUCACUACUCAGGGUUCACUGAUGGAGGUUGUUUCGUGUUAUAGAUACCUAGGUGUUUUGAUUGAUGAUUCCCUGUCUCUUACUCCUCACAUUCAGCAGCUGGUUAAAAGGUUAAAACUGAAACUGCUUUGAGGUCCAUCACAAACUUCAAAUCCUUCACUCAUUGUUUUUGUAUGAACAUAAGGGUUGGUCUUCUUUGUCAUCACGUAGACUUAGACACUGGUAUAUUCUUGUCUACAAGGCUAUUCUUGCUCUUCUACCUUCUGACCUACAUCAUUCUGAAGAACUGUGGAACGCAUAAUCUCUGGUCUCAGGAUCUUUCCAGUCUGGGUCAGAACUGAAUCUGGAAAAAAUGCCUUUAAAUUAGCUGCUCCCUUUGCCAAUGAUUUCAAAAGACCUAAAAUGUAGUGAGCUGUUUCUCAUUGGAAACUUUUAAGAGGAGGUUGGUUGACGUGGAGGCAGUAACAACUGUCUGUUUUGAUUGUGUUUGAUUGCUGAUUUUAAUAAAUACUUGCUGUUUUCUCUUUCAGCGUGCUGGUGCUUGGCUCGUUGUUUGUAACUCUGCUGCUCCCUGUGUUGGCCAGGACACUUGAAAAAGAGAUUUUUAAUCUCA